AUGAUGCCCGUUCCGUCACCUUGCGUGCCUUUCGUGGAGUUCGUCCUGCAGGCGAUCGAUCACCCACCUCACAUGUUCGUUUCCAAGUUGGCUGCCUGCUGCGCUGUUCUGUUUCUCACCCGAUCGGAUCCUCAACUGCUGCGUUCGCUCUGCUAUCGAUGGGCUGCGCGCUUCGCGAGGGAUCGCGCGAAGCUCAUCUCGGCGAUCUAUCGCCGCGCGGAGCGGAGAGGGUUGGCAACGGGGCUUUCCGAAACCCAGUUGGAUGGUGGAUCGCAGCCGGAUCCGUCCCCCUGCCAGGUGGAGAGCCCUUGCGAUGCUUCAGGUGAAAGGGGAAGCAUGUCGAUUAACGUCUGUAAUCCAGACGAAAUGGUGGAUUACUUCUUACGCAUUCUGAACUCCCUUGCGUAUAUUUACUUCUCAUGGAAUUGGGAUUGCGCGCAGUAUAUUGUGCAGAUCAACGAGGAGUACGAGAUCGCGCUACGGCAUACCAUCUUCCCGAUGUGCAUCGCCACCGCCGCCGAGGAUGGUGUUGAUGAUGAGCCGAAAUCCUGCUUUCUCCUGCCAUCGUGUAUAAAAAAUCUGAGGUCGGAUGCGGCGGCUUCGUUCACAGCCUCCGUAUCCACACCUUAUGCUUUGUGGGAGGGCGAGAGGGAGGAGGAGGAGGAGGAUGACGACGACGAAUCGGAGACGGAAAUGGCGAAAACACGACGGCCGGAUAACUCGCGGACGCUGGAACCGCCGGGCCUUAGCGGCGAGGCCCCCACGAUGCACACCUCCUCGGAAGGGGAGGAGAACCUCGGGGGGAAUCCCCUCUCCACCAAACCGAGCUCCCAGGCGCCGCCGCCGACGGAUGAUCCUGCUCGUCCAACCCCCCCAUCGCGCCCCCUUCCCAACGCGAAUGAAACGCGGGAUGGGGGUUGGUGCGCGCGCGAUGAAGUCGCCUCCGGAGGGGUCUUGCCGCGCGAGGGGAAAGGCGCGGCGGUGAAACGGGGUCGUUUGACGUUUUUAACCCUCAGUAACUUUGAAAAAUGCCUUCAGUCGAAUACGACCGGCCUGAUCAUUCUCUUUCACGCCAAGCAUUCGACGCGGAGUAACGAGGCGCUACGGGUGUUGGAGGACCUGGCGCGGCAGAAACCGGUGGAUCCGAUGCCCGCCAUCUCCGUCGUCUACGCCGUCGCCGAGCCGGAGUUGGCGAACCGGUUCGACGUGUGUUGGUUUCCCACCAUCGUCUACCUGCCGGCGAACCCUGCUGGAGGAGGGGGGGGCUCCGGGGAGGCCGACCCCCCGUUAGGGGCCCCCCCUCUUCCUCGUCUUUCCACCGCUUUCCCGCCCUCCUCGUCGGCCUCCCCUCCCCUGCCGUCGCUGUUGGCUUCUCGUGGGGAGGAGGGGGGGGGGGGGCCGGCGAUGCCCCUCCUCCCCUCCACCAUGCGGCUCAUCGUGGAGUCGCCGACGAAGGUCCUCUACGGCCUCGACGCGCCCAACGGUUGCUUCCCUUUCCACCCCACCGUCGCCUUAAAGGGAAAAAAAAAGGAAAGGCGAAAAGGAAAAGGGGAGGAGGAAGAGGAAGAGGAGGAAGAAGAAGAAGAAGAGAGGGGGCUCGCGACCUCCGCAUCCGUUCAGAGGCAUGUGAAGUACCCAAUGGAGGGCGUCCUCGGCCGGGCGGAUCUCACGCGAUGGAUCGCCUCGGAAGGGCGUUGGACGCCCCAGGUGGUACGACCGAACACCCCGGUAACGGAGGUCCUGACGUUGCGGGAGGAUGAGAAGUUCAAACCCCCUGGCGGGCCCCACUCCGGGAUUGGGAUGCUGCGGGAGCUGCAGCAACGGGAGGAGGCGGGGCCGUCCGCCGUGGAGGGCGGGGAGGGCCCUCAAUUCAUCUUCUUCGGAGGCGGCAUGGCGGCGGGGAAGUCGACCACCGCGAUGGCGCUCUCCCAGACCCCAUGGUGGGCAGCCCACAAGGGCGAGAUCGAGCUUAUUAACGCGGACGACUUCAAAUCCUUCACCCCGGGGCGGAGUUUCCCCACCUCGGAGGAGCACCUUCGCAGCACGCGGGCGGCGGAGCGGGCCAUCGUGGAGGCUUUGAAUCGUGGCCGCAGCGUCGUCUACGAUGGGACGAUGAUGUGGGCGCCGUUCAUCCAGCAGCUUGUCGAGAUGAUUCGCGGGGCGCGGACGACGUGGUAUGAACAAGGGCCCGGAUAUUUAGGGGAGGGGAAACCAGAGGUGUAUUUCAUCCCGCAUCGUCCGCGCGAGCAGCCGCUGCCGAGGCCUUAUGUCAUCCAUUUUAUGGGGAUCACCGUUGAGCCGCAGGUCGCGGUCCCACGUGGGUUGCUACGGAAGUUCGAAAGUGGACGUGGGGUGCCCAUCGUGAUUCAGUUGAACUCGUUUAAACUCUUUUCGAAGAACUUUGUGAACUACACGAAGAUGAUGGAUCUGGUGACGUUGUACAACAAUAACGUGAUUGUGGAUCUGACGAAGGGAGAGCUGCCCCCGAUUCUCGCGGAGCAGAGCGAGUCUACGAAUGGGGAGUUGAAGAUCCACGAUGAGGCGGCGUAUGAAUUGUUCCAAAGGCAACAACAUCUAAACAUUCGUGCUCGUAAUGUUAUGGAAAUUUAUCCCAAUAACGACUUUUUUUGA